GCGGCGAAUCGACACCGGCGUGUCUGUCAGACUGCCAGAGCAAGAAACGGAGACGCCGGUGUGUGCCAUCCGGUAUCCACGCGGCCACGCCAAGUUGCCACGCACAGAAAAAUAUAUUCAACGCCGCGCGGCAUCUACGACUGUUUCCAAGCCCAAUCGUGUAGCAGUUCGCCUAAGCUGCAUAAACAAAACUAUCUUCUUGAUGCUUGUCCUUCUUCCAAGGUUCCUACCCCGUCGUCGCCUUCCCCCGUUCCCCGGGUAUACCGUAUACAGAGAGCUCCUGUCUUAACCACUGAUUAGGCUGGGUAAAUCUCCCUGCCUAUAAGUACGGGCUCCUACUCUGCUUGUUUCCAAACCCAGGGAUCACUCAUCCACUACGUGUUGAUUAAGGCAGCUGCAGGUAGCAUCAUCCCCCGACCGAUCAUGGCACGCAUCCACCUAUACGUCGCCGCGGCCUGCACCGUCGUCCUCGCGCUCGCCGUGCUCUCCCUCGCCGGCGACCCCGACAUGCUGCAGGACAUCUGCGUCGCCGACCUCGCCUCCCCGAUCAAGCUGAACGGGUUCCCGUGCAAGGCGAACGUGACGGCGGACGACUUCUUCUUCGCGGGGCUCAAGAACCCCGGCAACACCAACAACCCCGCCGGGUCGGUGGUGACGGCGGGCACCGUCGAGAAGUUCCCGGGCGUGAACACGCUGGGCGUCUCCAUCGCGCGCAUCGACUACGCCCCGGGGGGCCAGAACCCGCCGCACACGCACCCGCGCGCCACCGAGAUCGUCUUCGUCCUCGAGGGCACGCUCGAGGUCGGAUUCAUCACCACCGCCAACAAGCUCUUCACUAAGACCAUCACCAAGGGGGAGGUCUUCGUCUUCCCGCGCGGCCUCGUGCACUUCCAGCAGAACAGGGGCUACGGCCCCGCCGCCGUCAUCGCGGCCUUCAACAGCCAGCUCCAGGGCACGCAGGCCAUCGCCGCCACGCUCUUCGGCGCCGCGCCACCGGUGCCCACCGACAUUCUGGCCAAGGCCUUCAAGAUCGGCAACGGGGAGGUGGACGCCAUCAAGGCCAAGUUUGCGCCCAAGUAGCCCUUGCGCUUUGGACCGUUUGCAUUCAUUAAUUUCUUAAUAAAUCGCGUUGUGUUAAUCUGUAUGUCACAUUUGUUAUUUCUCCUCUGAACAAUAAGAUCGUAAAUUUUGUGUUGUA